CACACUGGAGUUCUCCAGUCUGUAAAACGCGUUCUUUCAAUCCAUUCGAGUUUCGAUUUGUGAACCAUGUCGAGGAUUUAUUCGUCAUAUUUUUUUUUCAUUCUAGCAGUUCUCCUGACAAGAUGGACUACCCUGGCCUCAUCAAACACAACCACCGAGCUUGAUGAUGACGAUGAUGACCUGGACAUGGACUUCGAGACAUUCAAGAGCACAAUAAAACGAUACAGAAGAUUGAUACCUUACAUAAGUCAUUACGUAGCGAGUAAUCACGUGAAUCAGGGUAACCAGCACGAUCCCAGUACAGGAUUAAAUUCCCACAGACUGAUGCAUGGACCACAGUCACAGCGAUCCCCUGGCCACAUAACUGCACUCGUUAACCAAGAAAAAUUUGUCCCCUCAGUUCAAUACGAUCCUAAAGACAUUGGAGGUGAUAACGACUACUUUACACCUGUUCGAUACAAUAAGCCAAGUUACGAGGAGUACUACAGGGAUUAUGAUCGUCGGCCAGUAUAUCAGACAGAUAUAACGAGCCACAACCAUCAGGACACCAGAUACUACAAUCAGGAUAGACCGAGACCCCAAACAAAUCCGUACCACCACAACCAGAAGCACAAGAUAUCCAAUAUCUACCGCGACUAUUUCCUCGAUUAUCAAAGGCCAGUUUCAAUCCAGACAAAUCAGGAUUACUAUCCCGUCGAUGAUUUCGAGUCACUCAAGUACGUGAAGAUCGAGCCUCCACGCACCUACAAGCAACAGCACCAGUCCCAAUCCCCUAGAGUUCAAUCCCAUCUUCAAAGAAGACCAAUUUACCAAUCGAAUAACAUCAACAGACCGAUAGCAAACGAGAAUAUUAUCAAGAGCUUGCAACUGACAAAUCAGUUACCCGAGAUUCUCAAUAGAGAUAACAUCGACGCCAGUCUUAAAACACUUGCUGAGAUAUUAAGUCUUCUUCGAGACUCCAAGAAAUCCGAGAUUGAGCAUUCUCAUUUGUCAGAGCCAGUUGUUACUCAAAAUGUACAAAGCUACAGUGACACAAAGCAUCACUAUCGUCCAAAAGUAGUGACGGAAACAAGAUAUCAAGCAACACCAUCACCCCUAGUUGACACUGGGCAUGUGAAUCUCAACAGCCAAGUGUACAGGAAUAAUGGAAAAUCCAAGUUGUCGGGUUACUCGGAUUACGGUAUUAAGAGUGAAAAUUUCAUAGAAUAUUAUCAGCCUGUUGUUCAGGACAUCGAUGAUAAUGGUGAUGCUCAUGAUUACGACACUAGACCCUACAAAAUUGAUGAUGAGCAGGAUUACGAUACUAGGUCGUACGAUAUUGAAACAAAACCCUACAAAGUACCGACUGCUGACAGCAGUUAUGGAAUAAGUGAGAAUGUUGAUGAGGGAGAGGAUAAACAAGUGGCAACAACUCCUCAGGCACCCAAGCACUUUCAACUUGCUGAAGGCUUCAUCAGUGAUGCCCUCAAUAUACCAACAAUGGCAAUCAAGUAUGGUGCUACGAGGGGAAAACCAGGUAUCGAUUAUCCAGCUUAUGCUGUUAUACCGGAAACUAAUUUUAACUGCAAGGAGCAGAGGUAUAAGGGAUUCUUUGGCGAUCCAUCCACUAGAUGCCAAGUCUGGCAUUACUGUGACCUAAAUGGUGGCAAAUCCUCAUUCCUCUGCCCCAAUGGCACAAUAUUCAGUCAACAAGCUCUCACCUGUGACUGGUGGUUCAAUGUCAAGUGUGAAUCAACAACUCAACUCUACGUUCUCAAUGAGAGACUGUACAAAUUUAUCCUACCAAUCAUGCCCAAGUUUCCCGAGGAUUUCAGUGGUCCAGAAGUGGAUCGUUAUCUCGAGAUGAAAUUUAGGGAGAUGGAGGCUAAGAUGAAAGCCAAGAAAUUGAAAAAGGCAAUGGAGAAGAAGAAGCAGGAGAAGACAACCACGAGCACUGUCGAAUAGUCCUGAGUAGUUGAGGGGGAAAUAACAAGGGCCAAUAGUGGAUCUUGUUUCAUGUUUCGUUGCCAUGAAUAUCAUUCUCGUAAAUUCAUUCGGAAUUAAUUUUUUUUUUUUCGCUAUUUAUCUCACUCCACUGAGUGUGAAGCACACGAAAACGGGUAUGUCGAUAAUCAAUAAGUAUUUGUCUAUUUCUCUAGUCAUACUUGUAUUUUUUCUUUGUUUCUUUUGUUAUUUUUAUGAGAGUGUACUUGAUCCACCCCUUGAACUGCGCUAUUCAGUACCUAACGAUUGAUUGCGGACCGAUUAUCUAUUGAUUGAGAGCAACGGUUGUAUUUACUGUUGAAAAAUGUUGAAUUUUUCAUGUUUCCUGAAACAUCAACUGUCAGGAAACUUAUUUUCUGAAAAUUUCUGUUGAAUUUCUUUAAAUUUCAAUUUCCUGAAAAAUUCUACAUUUUUUUGAACAGUUUCCUUCGGAUUUCGCGGUAUUAGUUAUUCAUCUCGGUGGAGGGUAGGAGUUUUCAAGAGUCUUCGGGACUUUGAAAAAGUUUUAAAAUUCAUGCAGUGAUAUUUUAAAUGAAAAUCUGAGGGGAUUCAAACGUUUCUCAAUGGAUUUUUCUCGCGAACAGUACCUAAUACACCUAAGUGUCGAUGUGGAGAUAUUUUCAUUCAUUAUUUAUUAUUUACUACGAUUUUUUUUCAUUUAAUUAAUUCGAUCCCUAUCGAUGCUAUUCCAGCAUUUUUCGCGUAAUUUAAAUAAUAAGAACCGACCGGAGAUUAUUCUUCGAUUUAAAUGAUUAA